AUGGGCACUUUUCAAGAGUUUUAUUGUCAUGGCACUUUUGAGAAAUCUCUAAAUGCAUCUUUUAUUACUCUUAUUCCUAAGAAGGGCGGUGCUUCUGAUAUUAAGGACAUUUGGCCAAUUAGUUUAAUUGGAUGUUUGUAUAAACUUAUUGCCAAGGUUCUAAUCUCCAGGAUGAGUAAUGUUUUGGAUGGUCUCAUUUCAGAAUCACAGAAUGCUUUUGUUGGUGGAAGGCAGAUUUUGGAUUUUGUUCUUAUUGUUGGGGAAUGUGUUAACUCUAGAUUAAGAAAUGGGUUCUUUGUGUUUUGUGUAAGCUUGAUAUUGAGAAAGCUUAUGAUCAUGUUAAUUAGAAGUUUGUUCUAUAUCUACUUCGGAGGAUGGGGUUUGGUGAUAGAUUUGAGCAAGUUAAUGAGAAAAGCAGAAGAUUUGGGUUACACCAGGGGGUUCAGAGUUGGCAGAGAUGUUGAACAUCAGAUAUAUCUGAGGUGCACUCUCGCUUACUUCCAAGCAGUUUCUGGGCGAAAGAUUAUUGUCGGAAAGAGUGUACUUGUCCCAGUGGGGGAUGUUCCAGAUAUUUCCUCCUUAGCUGCUGUUUUAGGAUGUGGAGUUGGUUCUUUUCCUCUUCCUUACUUAGGAUUGCCUUUGGGAGUUUCUUCUACUCUAGUUGGGAAUUAG